AUGGCGAAACUAAACCCUAACUUCAUCUCUCUGAUUCUUCUCGGUCUCGUCGCGAUCGCCACUGCUGAAGUUAUAUUUGAGGAACGAUUCGAUGAUGGAUGGGAGAACAGAUGGGUAAAAUCCGACUGGAAGAAGGAUGAGAACACUGCUGGGGAAUGGAACCACACGUCUGGCAAUUGGUCUGGUGACGCUAACGACAAAGGUAUCCAGACUAGCGAGGAUUACAGAUUCUAUGCCAUAUCAGCUGAAUACCCUGAGUUCAGCAACAAGGACAAGACCCUCGUCUUCCAGUUCUCUGUCAAGCACGAGCAGAAGCUUGACUGUGGUGGUGGCUACAUGAAGCUGCUCAGUGGUGAUGUUGACCAGAAGAAAUUCGGUGGAGACACUCCUUACAGCAUCAUGUUUGGCCCCGAUAUCUGUGGCUACAGCACUAAGAAAGUGCAUGCUAUCCUUACCUACAAUGGAACGAACCAUCUGAUCAAGAAGGAGGUCCCAUGUGAAACUGACCAGCUCACCCAUGUGUACACAUUUGUCCUCCGCCCAGAUGCUACUUACAGUAUUCUGAUUGACAACGUUGAGAAGCAAACUGGUAGCCUAUACUCUGACUGGGAUCUUCUCCCAGCAAAGAAGAUCAAGGAUCCAAGCGCCAAGAAGCCUGAGGACUGGGACGACAAAGAAUACAUUGAUGAUCCCGAAGACAAAAAGCCAGAGGGAUACGAUGACAUCCCAAAGGAGAUCCCAGACACUGAUGCGACAAAGCCUGAGGACUGGGAUGAAGAAGAAGAUGGUGAGUGGACUGCCCCUACCAUUCCUAACCCUGAGUACAAUGGUGAAUGGAAGCCCAAGAAAAUCAAGAACCCUAACUACAAGGGCAAAUGGAAGGCUCCAAUGAUUGACAACCCUGACUUCAAGGAUGACCCUGAACUCUAUGUCUUCCCCAAAUUGAAGUAUGUGGGAGUGGAGUUGUGGCAGGUGAAAUCGGGAUCCUUGUUUGACAAUGUCUUGAUCUGUGAUGACCCAGAGUACGCAAAGAAGUUGGCCGAGGAAACCUGGGGAAAGCUCAAGGAUGCGGAGAAAGCAGCAUUCGACGAAGCUGAGAAGAAGAGAGAGGAAGAGGAAUCAAAGGACGCUCCUGCUGCUGAUUCAGACGCUGAGGAUGAAGCAGAGGAUGAAGACAACAAUGAAGGAGAUGACUCCGACAAUGAAUCAAAGGCUGAGGAAAGCAAGGAAACCUCAGACAAGGAUGGUGCCGCCGCCCAUGACGAGCUCUAA